UCUUGAUCGAUUCUGCAAAUUUUGGAGGAUCGCGUCUUGCCCGCUUACCCUCAUCUGAAAGUCGCGAUGGCCGCCACCUACGAUACCCAGCCGCCUCGCAAGAAAAUUCGCAGAAAUGCCUCUUCAAUCUCUGUGCAAAAACGACGAGCCGAACCUCGUCUGUUCGUUCCCUUUCGGGCCCUCGGUCUCGUCACCAACCAUAUUCCUUUUGUUCUACAGACUCGGUCGUAUAAGGGUGCUACUGAUGGGCCACGAGUGCACAUUCUGACGUGCCUUGGAAAAUCUUGGGCUCUGUGGGAAGGUGGAAAGAUGACCUUACUUUUCGUUGGCCCGGACACGGUUGAUCCAAUAUCUUCCUUGACGAUGGAUGGGGACGCUGUCUGGGCUGCUGCUGGUCCCCACAUCUUCAAGUAUGUCCGGGGCAAAGAGGUCUUUCGAAUAUCAAGUCCAUUGGGUUCCUCCCUGUCAUAUAUUACGAUUUUUGGAACUCUCAUUCUGGCAUUGGACGAGAGGGGAGAACGAAUGUUUGUGUGGGAUACAUCAGAUGGAGAUCUACAAGCUAGAGUCCAGUUUGAUGCAGAUUUUACCGCAACAUCCAUCCUACAUCCCGCUACAUAUCUCAACAAAGUGCUCGUAUCUAGCAGUCAAGGAAGUAUACAACUAUGGAAUAUUCGCUCGCAUACCUGCGUUCAUAGAUUUUCCCCGGAAAAUCUUUUAUCGAUAGGUUCGGCACCUUCGCCGGCCACCUUGCGCGGCACAUCCAUAACCGCAUUGGUACAGUCUCCAGCGAUUGAUGUCGUUGGAAUCGGUUUUACUUCCGGAGAAAUUUCUGUCUAUGACGUUCGUACGGACGAACGUCUGAUGCGGAUGUUCAUGGAUGGCGAUAGCAUAAGAGCUCUGGGUUUUAGAAAUGAUGGGGAACCUAUUCUCGCCUCUGCUUCAUCUGCAGGCCAUAUUGCUUUAUGGGAUCUUAAUUCUGGUGGUCGGUUGUUGCAUAUGAUGCGCGGUGCACAUGAUGGCGCUAUAAGCGCUCUGGAAUGGAUUCCUGGACAGCCAGUCCUAGUCAGUUCUGGAGAAGACAACAGUGUCAAACAAUGGCUAUUCGAUUCCCCCGCAGCAGCACCCCGCUUACUCAAGUUCCGCUCCGGCCACAACGCCCCUCCUCAUCUCAUCCGAUAUUAUGGUGAUGAUGGAAAGCAGCUUCUGACGACUUCAAGGGAUCGCAGUCUAAGAUGUACAUCGGUAGUACGCGAUUCGCGGUCAUUUGAACUUUCGCAGGGAUCCCUUGCUAAGAAGGCUACUACUUUGUCAAUACCGUUAGCUUCUCUGAAGUUUCCGGCUAUCACCUCUUUGUCGUAUUCGUCAGCUCGAGCGAAAGAUUGGGAUGAUAUUCUCACCGCGCAUACUGACGAGUCUGUUGCGCGGUCUUGGACAAUGCAAAGUAAAAAAGUGGGUAAGUAUACUUUCGGUUUCACGGAGCCUGUUAAGGGUAAAGGCAAGGGAAAAGCUAUUGGCUCGGUCAAGGCUGUUUGUGUCACGGCAUGCGGAAAUUUCGGUUUGGCAGGCUCAUCGAUAGGUGAUGUUCAUCUGUGGAACCUUCAAUCGGGUAUACGACGCAAGACCUUCGACGUUGGACCGUGUCCUGCAGACGUCGCGAGUAGAUUAGGAACCGCAGGCAAGAAAGGGAACGAACGUACCAUUACUGGGAUUGCUACGGACGCUCUGAAUAGAACCGUCAUCGUAAGCACGUUGGAUGGAACCAUCAAUUUCUUCGAUUUCCACACUGCCCAGUUGGAGCGCACUGCGAUUGUUUCUUCACCCAUUGUGUCUAUGACGUUGCAUCGGGGCAACGGGCUACUGGCAGUCAUAUGCGACGAUAUGAUAAUCCGCAUCCUCGACAUUGAAACUAAGAAAGUCGUCCGAGAAUUGGGAGGAUUUAGAGGACGAAUACUCGAUAUUGCGUUUUCCCCCGAUUCAAGAUGGUUAAUUGCCAGUUCCUUGGAUUCCAUCAUCCGAACAUAUGAUGUCCCGACCGGUAGGCUGAUCGAUGCCUUCAGGACACCCAGCGUAGCCACCAGUGUUUCGUUCUCACCUACAAAUGACUUCCUCGCAACGUCACAUGUUGAUAGUGUUGGCAUUUAUCUCUGGGCGAACCGUGCACAGUAUGACGAUGUCUCCUUCCAGACCGUCAAUGACGACGAUCUGGCCGACACGGCACUUCCUUCAAUGCAAGGAACCUCGGAGGAUGAAGUGCUUGACUCUCUAUCACCAUUAUCUGCACAAAAAGAAAGUACCGAUGUUUUCAUUACUGCUCCUCAACUGGAUGGGGAGCUUAUAACGCUGACACUACUUCCCCGUUCUCGAUGGCAAACGCUACUCAACCUAGAAGUGAUACAGCAUCGUAAUAAACCAAUAGAGCCUCCUAAACCCCCCGAAAAGGCGCCCUUCUUUUUGCCCACCCUUCCAGGUGUGGAGACGCGAUUUGAUGUCAAGACCGCCGAAAAAGAAACUUCGAAAAAGUCGACGCGAAGAUUGGAGAACGCUGCAGGCCAUUCACAGAGUCAGUUCCAUAGACAAAUGAUUUCCGAAUCUCGGGAAGGGGAUUACGAGACAUUUUUCAACUUGAUAAAAUCCUUAUCGCCCGCUGCCUUGGACUUGGAAAUUCGCACGCUCAUCUCCCUUGAUAGUCUUCAGCUCUUCAUUCACUCCCUGAGGCAACGACUAUUUUCGCAUAACGACUUUGAAGCCAUCCAAGCUCUCCAAAAUGUUUUCCUGCGUAUCCAUGGGGAUGUGCUGAUUGAAAAUUCUGAGCUCCAAUCAGAUAUGAUGAAGCUUCUGGAAGUACAACGGAAGGAAAGCGAGAGAGUUCUGGAAUUGAUUGCUUCGUCAUUGGGAACCUUGGGAUUUAUUAGGGAGCGAUCAUAGUGUUUAAGGGAGUGUAGAUACCGUACACCUAUGAGAACAUAUAGUCCUGCAUACUUCUUUUAUGGCAAAGCGAAUGAAAAGUACCCAAUCGUGGCCUAACUUCGAGCCCAAGU